CUUCUGCAGACACACAGUCCACAUUUUUAGUGAAGAAACUCUGAAAUCAGACAACCAGCAUUUGUGCUCAAUUGAGGAAUCUGUAUCGAAUGGAUUACAUUUUCUUCUCACAAUUCAUUUAAUUAAUGGGCUGUCGGGUGCUGGCUCAUUUGUGAUCUCACACUAUAAUGCCUCUGCACAGUUUGUAUUUAUUUUAAACCACUGGUGUGCACUACUACAAAACACACUUCAAAUGAACAGACUUCAACAUAUCAGGUGUCAUAUGCUAGCAUAUAAGAAUAUGAACAUAGCCACUACUCUGUCUAGCCCUCUCACAACUCAUGUGCUAAAUACAGCCAAAGGAGUUCCUGGAGCCAACAUGACCAUUAGCCUUCAUCGCCUAAACCCCAUUUCAUCAGAGUGGUACUUACUCACAACAGGGAUAACUAAUGAUGAUGGACGGUGUCCUGGGUUAAUCACAAAAGAAAGUUUUAUUGCUGGUGUGUAUAAAAUCCGUUUUGAGACUGGAAAAUACUGGGAUGCCUUGGGGGAGACAUGCUUCUAUCCAUAUGUUGAGGUCAUCUUCACCAUUAGUGAUCCUUCACAGAAGUACCAUGUUCCUCUGCUUCUGAGCCGUUUCUCUUUUAGUACAUAUAAAGGAAGUUAGAUGUAAUGUUCAUGAAUCUUUCAGUGCCCGUGCAAUGAUAAAAUAAUGAAGUAUGUUUUCUCUACUGUUUUAAUACUUCAUAAUAGUGUUCAGUUUUUGUUGAAAAUUAGUUAAUCGUUUACUAAAUGUUAAUACACAUUUGUAUAUGAUUAAAAUGUGUUAGUUACAAAUUUGUUAUCAUCUACAAAAGGUUUUGUAGAUCUUGAAAUCAUCACAAACUAAUCAUUAAAUACAUAAUUAGUAGAUAUAUUAUGAGUCACUCACUUAACUAAACAUGGUAUCUUGAUACACAUUGCUCGAUCAUGAACAAAUAACAACCAAAUCUCUAUAAUAAGUAGCCUAUUGAAUUUGUUGAUUCUAAUUUUUAUCAUUGAGUACACUGUAACAAAAUGUUGUAAAACUAGCAAAUAAUGUUUUCCAUUAAAACAGUACAGUGUAUCCUGA